UAUAUAAACAAAAAAUCAAAGUUUGAAGGAAGAAAAAAACGAAGAAAAAUUUGUAAUUCUCUUGGGCAGAAACAAAACUGCUACAAAAUUAAGCUUUCAACGGCAACAAAACAAUAUAAACGGAAAAAAUCAAAAAUGAAAUUGGAGCCGAACGUAAAUGGGAGUCCGAGUCCUUUGGUAACACCAUUGAAAAUUUCCGCAACUCUUGGGGGAACGAAGGUGGAGCCCGCUAUACCACAAGCUCCACCGCCGCCAGAGACGCCGAAAUCUGAAAACGAAGAGGAUUUCGAUCAAUUUCCGGAAGCUGAUGAGGAUUUAGAUGAUGGCAACGGUAGUUGUGUAAAAAAUGAAAAUGGUAGUGAGUUUAGUUCGGAAUUGAAAACCUUUGCAAAAGUGGAUGAGUCUGUCGACAAUGAAACGGGUGAAACGGAAGAGUCGUCCAUGGGCAAAAAGAAAUCGGUGCGAAAAAAACGUUCCCUCAACUGGGAGGAAGCUGAGCGUGGCCUCUUAGUGGAAAUCAUUAAACCAAAGGUGGAAUUUGUGGAAAAUAAAUCAGUCGAUGCCAAAUCAAUUAAAUCGAAGCGUUUGGCGUGGUUACACGUUACCAAGCACUUCAAUGCAUUAAAUUUCCGUCAUCGUUCGAUGGAACAAAUACAGGUGCAGUGGCGCAGCAUGAAGAAUUCAGCUAAAAAAGAAUAUCAACAGAAAAAUCCAAAAUCUACAAACAUGCUGGAAGGUUUACAAAUGCUCGAGUUUAUGGAGGAAAUGUUAAAGGAGCCAGCCAUUGGUGGCACACGUAGUCAGACCCGUAACUCUGCAAUACAAAUUAAAAAAGAACUGCUCGAUGAUUUGGACGAAGAAGAUGAUACACCCUUGGCCGCUUUACCUGCAACCCUUUUCAAUAAUACCAGUAAUAGUGAAGAUACCCAACCUACAUCAACAUUAGCUCUAUCGCCAUCCACCUCGGCCGAAUCUCAGAAUUUAGAAUUUCAACAAAUUAGUGAGCCCAUAAAUGAAGUGGUGCCCGUGAAGAAAAGAAAAGUGUUACCAAAAUUAAAGGAGAAACCAGCUAAAGAAAAGGACAUAAAAUCGCCGGGUGACAAACCCGUUAUAGGUUUAAAAAUAAAACGACAAAAAUGUGAAGCUGCUGCAUCGAUGGGUGAUCUGGAAAACUCUACAGCUGGUGUCACAAUGACGAUACCCUUAACAUCGAAUCUGAAUGCAAAUUAUGUCGCUCCCAUGGAAAACAAACCAGCAACACAUACCACCUCCAACCUGUCAACACCGCCGCCAUCACCGCCGGCGUCUAGAGAUGAGAAAUUCAAAAAGCAACUGUUUGAUCUAAUGAAACGUGCACGUUUAGCUGAAAUGGAUUUUGCUCGCAAAGAACACGAACAGAAAUUGCGCCAUGAACAACAAGAACAGGAUAUUAAAUUACGUUAUAUGCGUGAAUUACACGAACAACGAAUUCGUUUAGCCCUAUUGGAACAUGAGGCUCGCAUGCGUGUCUACUCUCAAGCCAGUAAUAUGUCAUCGACAAAUGAAAUGGCAGCAACACUUCCGGCACCGACAAUGGAUACACAAUAGACAAUAUCAUAGGAAACUUUAAACGGUAUUUAUGUAUAGACGCAAUUAUUGAUAAUAUUCUAUAUAGAGAGUAUGUAGAACUAAUCGUUCAUCUCAAAUCACUUUGAAAUACUAUGCCAGAUGUGAAAUUGGUUGAGGCGAAACCAUCUUCUUCACAUGUUCAGUCGUUUUUAAUAGUCAGCGACUUUUAAAAUAUUGCUGUGCUGUAAUUUGGUUUAUUCUUGGAGAAGAAAUUGAAUUGCCAGUAAUGUAGUUGUCAAAUGGUUUCUAAACUGAUGACAGUUCAUCCAAACCUAACUAAUGAUUUGAUUUUCUUCAGGUCAAGGGCAAUUUUCCUGCAGUUGACAAUAUGUUCUCAUGCGAGAAUUUUGGGAUUUUAAUGACGAAAUUGUUCCAUAUUUCAUUUAUCUUCAUGGACACAAAUUAACCGUGAAAAAUACUAUCUUGAAAGUAUUUCUUCUACUACCAUCUUAGGGUUACAUAUGCGUCAAUGUUUUAUUGUUUGCAAACAUUUUGUGAAUGUGUCCCACUACCAAAACUCCUUUAAUGUUCGGUUUUGCUUAUGGUUCCCAUUUUUCAAAAAAAAAAUUAGCAUGAAGCUGUGUUUAUUUUGGGGCAAGUUUUGAAGUUAUAGAAACGUACUCUUUAAAAUUUCUUUAUCUCUUAUCGUUCGUAUGCGAGGUAAAAUGACUGUUAGUUUGUGUGUAUAGUAUUACGAUUUAUUACAUUUUGCAAUUUUACAAACCAAUAUGCAUUUUAAUACUAAAUCAGAUUCUCAUUUUUUGUUCGAAUCUGUUAAACUUGAUGGUUUAUGUUUAGCUUUUAUUAUUCUUGUUUAGUCUGAAGACUAUUUUCUCUUAUUGUCAUACUUUUCUCUAUUGAUCUUUGUAAUGAAGCCCUGCAUGGGUCCCCUAACUUUGCAGGUAAAUUAAUUUUAUUUGCAUAAAUUUCAUAAGUAUUUUUGCUAUGCUUAUGUGACAAAAUCUAUUGGGUUGAGUUUUAAUUUUGAAUAUUUUGCAAGUUUUACUUUUUUAUAUUCUACUUUGUUGUUGUAACAGUAAUAUGUUCCAUGUUGCUUUCUGUUGGUCAGAUUCUAAUUCCAAACUCAAAAGUGCAGCUACUUUCAAAGACUGUAGACAAGAUUUUCCAAAGUGCAGCGUAGUAUGCGGGCCUGUGUCGUACGCUAGGCAGACUUUUUGCA